AUGGUCUCCAUGGCGGCCGCGGCGGCGGCCGUGGGCGUGCUGCUGCCGUUCCCGUUCUACUACGCGCUGUGGACCCACCCACAGCGUUGGGUGGACUUGUGCGGCCGCGGCGCCGACCCGUGCCGGCGGAUGGCGCAGGUCUCGCACGCCAUCAAGGCCCUUCAGCUCCUCGCGCUCGCCUCCGUCGCUUCAUUCUCCGGGCCCCCGCCGCUCUACUGCCCCGUCCUCCUCGCCGUCGGCCAGUAUCUCAACUUCAAGGUGUACCAGCUGCUUGGUGAGUCUGGUACCUACUAUGGCGUUCGAUUCAGAAAGACGAUCCCGUGGGUGACAGAGUUUCCCUUUGGCUAUAUCAAAGACCCGCAGUAUGUUGGGAGUAUGCUUAGCCUCGUCGCACUUCUGUGCUGGGUUCCGCUUCAGUAUGUGCUGCUGUGGUGCCUUGGUUACGUUUUCAUGAUGUGGGUCGAACACAAGGAAGACCCAGCCAGUCGUGCCAAGGUCAUCUCCUAA